AUGGCGGGCUGCUUUGGUGGUGAUGGUGAAGUUGACAUUGAUACCCCACCCCCGAUUAGCGAUGCGAAGCACAUUACAAUUGUCCCAUUCUUUGCUGAAACAGGAUCGACAGAGGACAUCAACAAGUUAGCUGGGCGAAUUAGCGUGAACCUCGCAACCCGUCUGGAGAUAAUAUUCAAAGAGGCAGAGUGGGUUUAUGACAUCUCAAACAAAGUUAAACCAGUUGCAGAUAAACUCACAGAAUUAGGCUUAACGCUGGAGCAAAUCUACGCAGAUCCUGCUUUGGCAGCAAAACUCGGACAGGCACUCGGUACUGAUAUGGUUAUCAUCGGAAGGGUGGAAAAUCCUAAGUUAACCUCGCAGGACUACGACCGACAUCUUAUGAAACAGGGCAGACAAGGCGGAAUUUCCGGUACAUCCACCUAUAUUCGCACUCGCCUUACUGCUAUUGGUCGUAUCCGUGUCAAAGUCGUUGAUGCAAACUCUUCAGAGAUUAUUUUCAACAACCGUAUCCGAUCGUAUCUCAAGUAUUGGUACGCCUAUCAGACCCAGCAGAGCGAACAGCAAAUAUUUAAAAGCGAUAUGGAUAGGCUUGCCGAUUUAGGUCAAUAUCUCCCGCUUAGAAUUGCUUAUAUUCUCCAUCCAACUGGGUUCAAGUUGGAACCGGAACAACAAAUUCUGCUUAAACCGGAUAUUGUACUCAAAGGGACAGGCGGUGUUGUCGAGUUUAACUAA